GAAGAAGACAGGAUAAUUGUAUUUUGCAGUUUUUCCCGCCCAAGGAAGAUGUAUGCUUUGUGUUGUUCGGUUGAUCCAGAUCGCUCCAUAUAAAUACUCACCCGCUCCCUAAAAUUUUCAAUUUCCCUCCCCUUCUUCUUCCUCAUCUUCUCCUUCUCCUGCCAGAGACUGGUGCCGAAGAACGUUUAACUCAGUUUUGCUAGGUGAGGAAGCAACAAGGUUUAACGCUUCGCAGACGAUUUUGGAAUGCAUUUUCUAAUGCUUUAAUGAGUAGUGUUAGAGAAUUCAAAAGAGACAAUCAGAGCAAGCAAGAAUAAGUGGGUAAUUUCAAGAAUGGCACAUUAUUAUGACAUUGAUGAUAUUAUAACAGAAGAAGAGAUUGUUUCAGUUAUGUUCCAAAAGGCAGCUAAUGGAGUGGGGCUUCUUGAUCCCAGUGCUGAAGCUAACUGCGUUGAACAUGGUUCAAAGGUAGAACUGCCUUUUUGGAUUGCUCAUGAAUUACAUCAGAGGCAAGCAGCAUUGAUCAAUGCUCCCACCUGUUUCAAUCAAAAAACAAGGAAGGAAAUACAGGCUGAUGCUGCAUGUGUGGAUCUAAGGAAUCGGUGUCCAUACUUUUAUGAAUUAGGAUGCAAGAUUGUAGAAUCGAUUGGAGAUAGGACCAUUGGAUCCUUGCUUCUGAUUGCGUUCAGGACUAGGUACAAGGAGGUCUUGACCAAGGCCCACACUGCUGCAUCUAUCCUAGCCCCCAAAUUCUUGGCACUAUUAACAAAGGAGGAAACCCACUUAUUCGAGGCAGCUCAAUCCUCAUUGGCAACAUUCAAGAAGUGGCGGAUGGGCGGACCCAGAUUUCAGAGAGCUUCUAUUCUUGGUAGGAAGAGGAAAUCAACUGAUUAAGUGGAGAAUAUUCAUAGUAAUACGGUAGUUUGUACCCUACCACUAAGGUUUCCAUUUAAGAGCAUAGUCUGGGGAGUUCAAUUCACCAUGAGAAAAAAAAUCAUAAUGGCAUCAAUGCCCAAAAUCAACAGUAGGUCUUGAAAGAAGGGAAAAGAAAUCAAUGUCCGCAGGCUGAUAUACAAAUUUCUGCUGUUGGCAGUAACUGCAAUUGUGAGAAUUAAUGUAACGCAUUGUGCUAACUGGAAGACUGGUCAAUUGAUAAAGUUGUAUUUGUAAAUUCAUUUAAUUACUAUAGCAUAAUCUUUUAGAGCCA